CUUGCUGAGAUUCCUCUGACUGCAACCAUGAGAGCUUCUCUACUCGUCCUGGCUGUGUUCGUGGGCUCCAGCCUGGCGCUGGUCUGCCAAGAGAUUGACGGCCGCCUCACGCAGAUCGACGUCAGCAACGGACAGGUGUUCGGAGUGAACAGCGGAAACUCGAUCUACACUCGCUACGGAAACAGCUGGGCACAGGUCCCAGGUGCCCUCAAACACGUGACCGUGGGGCCCUCUGGAGUCUGGGGCGUCAACACGGAAAAUUUCAUCUACAAGCUGGUUGGGGGACGCUGGAUACAAAUUCCAGGUCUACUGAAGCAGAUUGACGCGGGAGGCGACCUAUUCGUCUCUGGAGUCAACAUGCAGGACAACAUCUUCUGCCUGAAUCGCGAUGCCACGGUGACCACGCGUGGUGGUGAGAGCUGCAUUCCCUGGAACUUGCUUCCCGGGGCCCUCAAGUACUACUCCUGUGGCCCCUACAGCUGCUGGGGGGUGAACUCGAUCGACCAGAUCUUCGUGAUGAAGGGGGUGACCCCGGACGCCUGCAUGGGCAGCAAGGCAUGGGAGCUGGUCCCCGGAGCGCUGUCCAUGAUCGAGGUGUCCACCGACGGCAGCGUGUACGGGGUCAACUCUGCUAAGGACGUGUUCCGCAGGGACGGGGUCAGCGCUGCUAAUCCUGCCGGCACUGGCUGGACCUAUCUGAGCAUGUGCGGGAAAAGCAAGCACGUGUCAUAUGACCUGGGUGUGCUCUGGGUGAUCAGUCUAGAGGAAAAGAUCCUGACCUGCAGCUAAAACUCACCUACAGCCAAACAAACAGAAGACGUUCUUGCAGAACUCAGAAUUACACCCACGAACAGCAGCUUUUUGAGUUUAUUUUAAGCUUCCUCCUGUCCAGGCACUGCCAUCUUAUAGAAAU